AUGUGCAAGGACGGCCUCCACGACUUCCUGGUCGAUCUCCCAAAGUGCGAGCACCACAUUCACAUCGAGGGCUCCCUGGGGCCCGAGCUGCUGUUCCACCUGGCCGCACAGAACAACAUCACCCUGCCCGUCGACAAGGAUCCCGCCUUCGCCAGCGUCGAGGCCCUGUACGAGCGGUACCGCAACUUUUCCUCGCUCGACGACUUCUUGCACUACUACUUUAUCGGAUUCUCCGUGCUCCUUACCGUCACCGAUUUCGAGGAACUGGGCUAUGCCUAUCUCAAAAAGGCGCACUCGCAAAACGUGCGUCACGCAGAGGUGUUUUUCGACCCGCAGGCGCACACGUGCCGCGGCGUCGCGUACGAGACCGUCAUCGAGGGCCUCCGCCGUGCCAAGGAGCGUGCGCAGCGGGACUUUGAGGGGUUGACGGUUGAAUAUAUCGUCUGCUUUCUGCGGCACUGCACCGUCGAGGACGGGCUGCGCAUGUUUGUCGAGGCCCGGGACGCGGGCCACUUUGCCGACGGCACGAUUGCGGGCGUGGGCAUGUCAAGCAGCGAGGCGCCGUACCCGCCCAAGAUGUGGACGUCUAUUUAUGAUGCGGUGCGGGCGGCGGGCGUACGGGCUACGGCGCACGCGGGCGAAGAGGCGCCUGCCGAGUGCGUCGUGCAGGCGCUGGACGACUGCGGCGUGACGCGCAUCGAUCACGGGCGGCGGUCGGCGGAGAGUCCCGAGUUGUUGGCACGGUUGGCGCGGGAUAAGACGCUGUUGAGUCUGUGUCCGAUUUCGAAUGUGGUACUGAGGGGUGUCAAGGAGAUGAAGGAGAUGCCGAUUCGGGAGUUUUUGGACAAGGGGGUGCGGUUUAGCAUCAACAGCGACGACCCGGCGUACUUUGGGGGGUAUAUUCUGGAGAAUUACUGCGCUGUGCAGGAGGCGUUUGGAUUGAGUAUCGAGGAGUGGAAGGGGAUUGCGGUGGGCAGUGUCGAGGGGAGCUGGUGCACUGAGGAGAGGAAGGAUGUUUUGAAGGGAGAGAUUGAGGUUGUCGUGAGCAAGUAUGCUGGCAAGGCUUAG